AUGGCGUCUUCGCUAGCAUUCAACCCAGGGUUCAGUGAAGCCGAGAUGUUCUUGGCGUCGCUACAAUCGUCGGAUAGUAGUGACGGAGACAAGAGUGACUACUACAGCCUGAGCAACAACGAUCGUUCGCCUGGCUAUUCGGCAAACGGUUACGGAUACAACAACGGCAACAGUACCAGCACCGGUAAUGGUGUUUGGGCAGACCGCAGCAGCAGUAGCGGCGGCGUGAAUCUGACGCCAGAGUCGUUUCAUGAGCUGCCUUUGUCGAGUCAGCCGAGUCAACAACAGAUGCAACUAGCUCCACAACAACAACAACAUCAACAACAACAACAACAACAACAACAACAGCCAGAGUCCGGUGCCCUCACUGUGGGCUCCGACUUUUCCGGACCCAUAAAGAUAAAAACGGACGAGUCUCCCGGGCUUUCUUUCGAGGCGGACGAAUUGCGGGACCUACUCGCACCGGAAGGCACGAGAGACUCUCUGGACUCUUUAGAGCCCUAUCACGAGUCUUCGCACUCGAAAGUCUUCAAGCCAAAGCGUGAAAGAACUUCCCAUAAUGUCAUCGAAAAGAAAUACAGGACCAACAUUAACGACAAGAUUUUGCAACUGAGGGAUAUUGUUCCAUCGCUGCGCUGCGCUGCAAAGCGCGAAAUGGGACAGGUCGUCGCUUUGGAAGAUCAAGAAGAACUUGACGGUUUGGAACCGGCCCGCAAGCUCAACAAGGCUUCGGUUCUUAUCAAAACCAUCGAGUACAUCCGUCAUUUGGAAAAUAAAUGUGACACUUAUAAGUUUGAAAACACAAAGCUCAAAGCAGGGCAAGGAUUUACCACUCCGGAGAGUGAACGUAAUGUGUCGACGGGAAACAACGACUUCAUGCUAAACUUGUCUGCCGACCAGCCGCAGAGUAGUCCAUAUGCACAGGCCUACCCAACAAGGCCAAAAGAUGCUUCUAGUAAAUACCUGAUGGCGGGGCUUGCUGCAACCAUGGGUGCAUCUUGUUUCGGAGACACUAGCGACUUCAAGAAUGCCAAGAGCCUCAUGUCGAUGCCUGUGAUUCAUUACUCUCAAGCGGGCGGUUUCACGUUUUCCAACGCAAACGGCGUUAUUAACAUGCCCACUGUUUUUUUGUCGCUUCUUAGAAUUACUUUAUUGUUUGCCACUGCUAUUCACUUUCUCAGACUAUUGACUUACCGUGGAGAGGACAAAAAGGAUAAGACUCAUGACUUGACGGUCGUUCAAUUUGCUGACACCGUUUGCUUUCGCGAUCCGUCUCAGAUAUUGGAUACUUUGAAAAAGACCAUGAUUUUAAAUCGGUUGAAAUACCCCAUAAACUCUAUUGAGAGGAUCGAGUCUGAGAUCGCUAACUGUUUUGCUUUAAAAUUCUAUCAAUUCUCAUUUCCAUUGAACAUUUGGACCAAGAGGCACACUGACGCUACUUGGCUACGAAUCAGAAAACAGGUCGAAUUAGCUAAUGCUAAAACCGGCGGUGCCUUGAAGAACGGGUUCGAGUGGGAGAUGAUUAUCAACGUCUUGGCGAGCUCAAGAAAAGACACCUUGGACAGUGCCGAGCUCAAGGAUGCCAUCAUCAAUCAAGGCGUUUUUACUUUGAAAGAAUUAGUUGAGUUUGUCAACGGGUUCAUGGUCAAAUACAGAAGUGAAACUGUUGUUAUCAACUUACUCGAAGAGGUAAGCUGUGCGGAAAGCAAAGUUAAUGACGUGAUUGAAAAAGUCUAUGAGGCCGAAGUAUUCAACAAUUCAGCCCUACAAUUAUCUUCCGAAAUCUCCACCACUCUAUGCUCAUUAUUCGAGACGACUGAGAACAACAUUGAUGCGCUGUUAAAACUUGUCAAAAACAGAAGUGCGAGUCAAGAUUCAAAUAAACAAUUGGACAACGAUCAGAUUCUUGUUCUGUACUCCAGUAUAGUGAGAAACUUGAUAUCCAGUGGCCAGUACAAAAGUGCGUACCACUGGGCAUCUAAAAUUCCACCAAAUCUGGUUAUUUCGCAAGAAGUCUCUGUUAUUGGCGUUGCUGCUGUGAUAUUGAUGCUCAAGUGCUUAUUUGAGAAAGAAAAUCACGAGGAUCUUCAAGUAAUAUUCCCCAGACUCGAAUCUCUGAGCGGAAAAGUUAGAGUGUGGCUGGGAAAUGCUGCAAACUCUAGCUUGGGCUUUGAACUACGAGGCAAGCUGAUUGACUUUUGCGUAGACACGGCUGUUAUAUGUGGUUCUGUUACAAUGAAGCAGUUAGAGGAAGAUACCGAGGUAGAAAGUCAAUCCGAGGAGCUAAGUGAUGAUGACGGAAGUAGUUGA